GGGGCCGGAGCGGGGUCCGGGGAUCAAUGGGCGCGGGGUCCGCCGCGGGUCACUUGGCCCGGCCGGUACCGAGCGGUACCGGGAUGGGGCUGCCGGCCGCCGUCCGGGACAGGGUGGCCGCGGCUCACCGGGGCUCCACGCUGCCCGAACGGCUGCGGCUGUACGACAGCUGGGCCGCCCGCUACGAGCAGGAUGUGGCGGCUCUGGAGUACCGGGCGCCGCAUCUCGCCGCCGCCUCGCUCGCUUUCGCCUUCGUGCCGCGGGCGGGGACGCGGCUGCUGGACGUGGCGUGUGGCACCGGGCUCGUGGCGCGGGAGCUCCACCGGCGCGGGUUCCGCUGCCUGCACGGCGUGGACGGCAGCGCGGGGAUGCUGGAGCGGGCGCGGAGCACCGGGCUGUACGAGGAGCUGCGGCUCUGUGUCCUGGGCACGGAACCGCUGCCCGCGCCCGCAGAGCACUACGAUGCCGUGACGCUGGUGGGGGCUCUGGGCGAGGGGCAGGUGCCGAGCACGGUGCUGCCGGAGCUGCUGCGGGUCACCAAGCCGGGCGGCUUCCUGUGCCUGACGACGAGGAGCAACCGCUCGAACCUGCGGUACAAGGCGGAGCUGGAGGCGGCGCUGGGGCAGCUGGAGCGGAGCGGAGCCUGGCAGAAGCUGCUGGCCCAGGAGGUGGAGUACUGGGAGAGGGCCACCAGCGAGGAGGAGAGCAGCCGGGGCAACGGCUACAUCUCCGGGGUCGUCUACAUCUACCAGAAGUGCCCUGUCCCCCACCUCGAGGAGGACUGAGACCUAGCAUGGCUCUGGGGGUUUGGGGGUGAGGGGGAUGUGAGCACCCUGAUAAAACUGAGCCCAGUGACCCCCUCCUGCAGAAGGGCAGCUGCUGGGGGUGACAGUAUUUGGGGGAAAUUUCCCCAUUCCCUUCCUUCUCUACCUUCUCACCGAGGUCUGGGCUUGGGGUCCUUGUCUGCUCCUCAGCACGGGAAGGGUCUCCUGGAUUCACCAGGGUCUCCUGGGCACCACCUUUAGCUCUGGCAUUCAGCUAUUGCCCCCAACACCUCAACGCUCACCAUGACAUCUCACAGACCCACAUGGCUGCUCCAAGAUACGUCCAGUCUGGGUUGUCUUCUCCCCACUUCACCCACCUCAGCACUCAUGGUCAAAAUCUGGAUCUUUCUUCAUC